CAAUAGGAACGAAAGUCAAACAUGAAUAACAGGAUUUAACUUACUUAUUUUACUUCUUUUGGCAAAGGUGCUGAGCUGUAGGCGUCAAAAAUCAUCCCUUCAUGAUUCUUCUGGAAAAGACCAGGAUAAGAUGUUUCUCUUGCCGUCUCUCACGGGAGUCACCAUUACAAUUCCUCACCUGGUAAUCAAUGCCACUGUUGAUGAGAAUACAGUAUUUUCUGUGGACUAUUCAUGCCAAGGAUCUCCUACCAUUCAGUGGAAAUACGUAUCAGACUGGUGCACCACAAACAUCACUGCAUGGGAACCAUACUUGUAUGAGAACACUAUGAAGACCUACUAGGACAGACUGAAUUUGUUUGAGAAUGGAUUGAUACAAAUACUCCAUGUGCAAAUUACUGAUGCUGGUUCCUAUGUGGUUACAGUGACAGAGGACUCCGGUGCCAGAAAAGAAUUAAUUAUAGUGUUGAGAGUCCAUGAGAAGAUCUUUGAAGAGCUGCAUGUUGUGUUAGUUGCUGUUACCUUCCUUGUAUUUAUUUAUGGUUUCAUUAUGUGGCUUCUGAAUAAAUGUGUGGAAAAGCAUCUUAAACAGAAGUGGAGUCUGACACUACAAGAAUCUUCAGACACAGAAGUCAUAGAACUGAAGCCACUCUGACCCACUGCAGCCAACUCUGUAAUGCAGCUCUUACAACUUGCAUGUUAACAUUCAAUGACUUAGUCAAAGACGACUAUUAAAUUAUUUCACUCAAUCGAGCCAUUAUUAGUUAUUAUAGCUAACAGUAACCUUCAACAAAAACACAAAACAAUCUUUGUGCGCACAGAUGGAAUUCCAGGUUUGCAAAUAUUUUACAGCAUAACCUUCUCAUUCUUGACUGGAUGAACGCAGGUCAAACGGUGGUGAAACACUAGAAUCGAUUUUUUUUAUAUUUUCCUGAACUGCUUCACUUCAUUCUAGGUUUCUUUUGCUAUAAAUUAUAUUACAGUACUUCAGAGAUAUAACAACAAAUGAACCAUAUUUAUUAAUGUGAGAAAGAAAUUAACUGGAGUAACACAUCAAUGUCAAAAGUGUAAUUGCAACUUACUCAGUAAAAGAAAUGAAGGAUGAUGUCAAGACUACUGCUGCUGUCAAUGGCAGGCUUGAAGAAUGUUCUGGUAUGUUAUAGGAAGGAGAAAUCCCUCUUCUGAAGGUCAAAUCAGAUUGAUUGGGUUUGCAAACAAAAAGGUGCCUAUAUAAAAGUAAAACUAUUGUGAAAAUGUGAACAGAGGAAAGUCAGUUGACUUACUCAACAUUCCAGGAUUUCAGACAAGUCUGAACGUCAUAUUCAAUGGAUCUCAAAAUGCAAGCCAUUAAUGAGAUGAGGCAAUCAGCAAUAGCCCCACCAUCUUCCUGUCCUGAAUUACUUUCUGACUGACAGGGAAUCAAAGCCUGCUGAACAGAGAAGAGAUCUGUGACAGUUUACGGUAUAAAAUAUAAAUAUGCAUCAGAACACAACCAAAAUCCUGAAGCUCAACCAAAGAAGUAAACACGUUCCGAUCACAUGGGCGCCUUCCGCAUCAUAAACAAAGCCUUAAAGCGUUAAGUGCGGCGUUACCCAGUGCUUUGUAAACAACGUUCCUUACUGUACCUGUGAUAUUACUGUUAUUUAGUGAUUAUUUUGUGUUUUUUACUAAAUAAUAAUGCGUCCAAAGAAAGCUAGAGAGGUAAGCACAAAACCAAAGAAGGUACCAUGAUCAAUAACAAUAGAAAUGAAGAAAGAAAUCAUAGAAAAAUAUGAGAGGGGUAUACGUGUGACUGAUCUUGCAGCUUCAUAUGAUAUGAGUAAAUCUACUAUAUCUAAGAUUUUGAGAAACAAAGAGGAAAUUAAAAAAGCUGAAGGGUGUGACACGUGUACUCUCUAAAAACAGAUGGCCAGCAAUUGAUGAAGUCAAAAGAUUAUUGUUACCUUGGAUAACUGAAAGACAGCGUGCUGGUGAUAGCCUAUCGGAGGCUAUUAUUUGUGAAAAGGCUAGGGCAAUACAUGCUGAUAUUGCGAAUGAUUAUCCUUCAGGGAGUGCUGAUAGGGAAUUUAGGGCUAGUAGCGGUUGGUUUGAUAGAUUUAAAAUAAGAACUAAAAUUCAUAGUGUAUUGAGACAUGGAAAAGCAGCUAGUGCUGAUAAAAAGGCUGCUGAAGCCUAUGUAGAAAAGUUUGAAAGAUUCUUAUCUCGCAAUGGAUUUUGUUCCCAUCAAGUUUUUAACUGCAAUGACACUGGGCUUUUUUGGAAAAAAAUGCCCAGGAGGACCUACAUAACAAAAGAAGAAAAAAAAAUGCCAUGGCUCAAGCCAAUGAAGGACAGGCUGACUUUAUUGCUAUGUGCAAAUGCAAGUGGUGACUGUAAAGUGAAGCCUCUCCUGGUUUAUCAUUCAGAGAAUUCUUGAAUUUUUGGAAAAAAUAAAGUGAUAAGCAAAUUAGAUGUCAUGUGGAGGUCUAAUACCAAAGAUUGGGUAACCAGACAGCUUUUUGUUGAAUGGGUUUGUGAAAUGUUUUGCCCAACAGUGAAAAAUUACCUUGAGGAAAAACAAUUGCUACUGAAGGCAUUCCUUGUUAUGGACAAUGCCCCUGCCCACCCCAAAGACUUGGAGGAAGACUUGGCAGAAGAGUUCCCCUGGCUCACCAAUUAGUUUUUGCCACCCAAUACAACUCCUCUCUUCCAGCCCAUGGACCAGCAGGUCAUUGCUAACUUCAAGAAAUUUUACACAAAGGCACUGUUCCAGAAGUGCUUCCAAACCACCAGUGAAACUCAAUUAACCCUCAUUCAGUUCUGGACGGAACGUUUCAAUAUCCUAUCUUGCUUGCAGCUCAUAGAAAAGGCAUGGAAGGAUGUAACUUUAAGAGCACUAAUGUCAGCUUGGAAGAAACUGUUGUCUAAAGUUGUUCAGGAAAAAGACUUUGAAGGAUUUGACCCUGAGCCUGCACCUGAGAAUGACCCUGUGGUUGAGGAAAUUGUGAAUAUGGCUGUGUCCAUGGGUUUGGAGGCUGACAGUGAUGAUGUGGAGGAGUUAGUGGAAGAAUACAAUGAGGAGCUGUCCACUGAUGAACUUUUAGCCGAGCAACAGAGGAUGGCAGAACAGGAGAUCUCUGAAGAUGAAGGGAAUGAAGAGGUGACGGAGGAGAUUCCUUCUUCAGUAAUGAAGGAAAUGCUUGCAAAAUGGGCAGAAUUGCAAACAUUUGCUGAAAACCAUCACCCUGACAAAGAAAGGACCAACCGUAAUAUAGACUUGUUCAAUGAUGGCACAAUGAAUUUCUUCAGGCAAUUAUUAAAACGCAGGCAGAGGCAAACAACUAUGGAUAUGUUUGCAAAGAGACUGAAGCCCAAUGAGCCUGAAGCAGGUGGCAGUGCUUUACAGACUGUACCCAGUAGGCCUAGAUAAAAAAAAACUCCUGAAGAUUAUCUACCUACAGUUAUUAUGGAAGGGGACUUCCCUACCAAACAAUAGCCUCACUCCUUUCCCCCUCUCCCUCCCCUCCAUCACCAGUUGCCCAAGAUGCCAACAGUCAAGUUAAUGUCCUGUUACAAUAAAUUUUCUUUUUAAAUUUUAAUUGUGUAGGCUAUGUUAUGCUUAUUCUUAUGACUUAUUCUUAUGUCAGUCUCCUGCAGUGUACACUUUAUUCUUUAUUCAUGUGGCCUGCGCCACCUCCAC